AUGGCGCCACCAAAGUUCAUGGGCCUCUCUGGGAGGCCGUUAUCCAUGAUGGUAUCAGCUGUUGCGACGACGGGGUUCCUCCUCUUCGGUUACGACCAAGGUGUGAUGAGUGGUAUCAUCACGGCCCCAGCUUUCAACAAAAUGUUUCCAGAAACAAAAGACAACUCGACAAUGCAAGGAUUUGUGACGGCCAUCUACGAGAUCGGAUGUCUGGCGGGCGCCAUGUUUAUGCUUUGGGCUGGUGAUCUGCUCGGCAGACGACGAGGCAUCAUUACGGGCGCCAGCAUCAUGUUGAUUGGCGUUAUCAUUCAGGUUGCGACGGUCAAGGAUAAGAACCCGCUGGCUCAGCUCAUCGUUGGUCGCGUUGUCAUGGGCGUUGGAAACGGCAUGAACACCUCGACAAUUCCCACUUACCAGGCUGAAUGCAGUAAGACGUCCAAUCGAGGACUUUUGAUCUGUAUCGAAGGUGGUGUCAUCGCUUUCGGUACACUGAUCGCCUACUGGCUCGACUACGGUGCUUCCUACGGGCCCGAUGACCUUGUCUGGCGUUUCCCUAUUGCCUUCCAGGUCAUCUUCGCCGUGCUCAUCAUCUUCCCCAUGAUGUUCCUUCCCGAGUCGCCGAGAUGGCUUCUGAGCCACCAGCGCGAGGCGGAAGCUGACCGCGUCAUCGCCGCCAUCCGUGGUUACGAAGAGGGAAGCCCCGAGGCUGUGCUCGAGCGCAACCUCAUUGUCGAUUCUCUCCGUGCCUCUGGUGGUUAUGGCCAGAAGAGCACUCCCGUCAAGGCUCUCUUCACGCACGGUAAAACGCAGCACUUCCGCCGCAUGCUGCUCGGUUCCUCGGCCCAGUUCUUCCAGCAGGUCGGCGGCUGUAACGCAGUCAUUUACUAUUUCCCCAUCCUGUUCGAGGAGUCCAUCGGCACCGAUCACAACAUGUCACUCCUCCUGGGCGGUGUCAACAUGAUCGUUUAUUCCAUCUUCGCCACCACUUCCUGGUUCAUCGUCGAGCGCGUCGGCCGGAGAAAGAUGUUCCUCAUCGGCAGUUUGGGACAGUCCCUUUCCAUGGUCAUCACGUUCGCCUGCCUCAUUGACGGCAAGGAAAUGACUGCUCGCGGCGCUGCUGUGGGCUUGUUUACCUACAUUGCCUUCUUCGGCGCCACCUGGCUCCCCUUGCCCUGGCUCUACCCUGCCGAAGUCAACCCCAUCAAGACCAGAGCCAAAGCCAACGCUGUCUCCACCUGUGUCAACUGGCUGUUCAACUUUGUCAUUGUCAUGGUUACGCCUAUCAUGAUCUCCAACAUUGGCUGGGGAACCUACCUCUUCUUUGCGGCAACAAACGCUUGCUUCAUCCCGGUCAUUUACUUCUUCUACCCUGAGACAGCAAAGAGAUCUCUCGAAGAGAUCGACAUCAUCUUUGCCAAGGGCCACGCAGAGAAGAUGAGCUAUGUCCGGGCUGCGAAGGAGCUGCCGCAUUUACAGCCAGAGGAGAUUGAAGGGUACGCGAGAAAGUAUGGUCUUGUUGGGCACGGCGAGAGCGAUAGCUCGACUGAGGUUGGAACUAUUGGUGAUGAGAGGAGGGAUGUGGAGAAGAAUUUCAGUGGGCAGAGCGGGAAUAUGACGAAUAGCAGUGAUGAGGGGUUGCCUGGCAGAGGGCCGGGUCCGUCGGUUGUUGAUGAGGGGGGUGUGGAAAGUGGUUUUGGGGAUGGAGUUAACGCGAGUAGGAAGGCUGAUAAUUAG